AUGGAUCUCCUUGGUCGGUUCGGAGCUUCGGAUUCCUCCAUGACUCGUCUCCUUCUUCAAUCAUUGCUGCGCGGGGCUUUCGAACGCGACCUGGACCUGGAGACCCGGAGCCUUGCUGAUGGUUUGACGGUGAAAACCAGCCGCAAAGUGCUGGCUGGAGAGGAGUUGACCAUCAGCUACAUCAGCAAGCCCUGGUGCGACCUGGCCCGCCCGGCACGGCGCAAGUACUUGAAACAGAACUUCAACUUCGUUUGUUUGUGCAAGGCCUGUGUGGCUCCGCGUGAUGUCACGCCGCGGGAUAAGCGGACCUGCGGCUGCGCACCAGACAAGGCCAAAAAGGGUCGUACAGCUUUGCACUUGGCAGCGGCUGCGGGGCUCCCUGAGCCGUGCAUCCAACUCCUGGAGUGCCCCUUCUUCAACCAGCACAACGAUGUGGACCUCGAAGGCCGCAGCGCCCUACACCUGGCCGCCGAAGCCGGGCAAAUGCCGGAACUUGAGGACAUCGCGACGCCUGAGGCUAGAGCUUCGACGGCGGUGAGUCCCUUUGCAGGGGCAACUGGACCAGGCGAUGGAGAAGGAGGCGAGGGGAGAGACCGUGAUGGGGUCCGUGAUAGAGAACCACCUCCUUCUUACGAUGGUUUGGAUCCAGAAGGAACGUUUAAGACGUUCGAGAAAAGUGUGCGGCUGUGGGAGUUUGAGACAGACAUCCCACGAAGAAAGCAAGGUGCAAAACUCCUUAGAGGUCUUACAGGCAUGGCACAGUUGGCAGUGGAAAACAUGGAGUUUGAAGAGAUAGCCACAGAAGACGGAGUGAGAAACGUCAUGCGUAGACUGAAGGAGUUUUUCCUCCCACACUUGGAGGUCAGUUUGCCAAGGGCUUUUGAGAAUGCAGUAUAUGGAAAACCAAGACAGGCCUCUGAAGGAUAUGCAGAAUACAUAGCAAGAAUGGAAAGGGCUUUUCAUAGGCUAGAGAAAGAAGGAGUCACGAUGCCAGAUGGAGCCACAGGGUACAUACUGUACCGUCAUGCGAGUUUGACAGAGGCUCAAGACCAAAGGUUGCUGACAUGGUGUGAUGGAAAGUAUGACAAGAGCUCCAUAGUCAAAGCUCUCCGGAAGCUGGACAAGGUGGUGCGAGAGAAGUCGGGCAAGUCGUCCUACUUCAAUGACGAGGGCGAGGGCCUUGACGAGGAGGCCUACAUGAUGGAAGAUGAAGACGAAGACAAUUACGUCUACGUCGCCGAUGGCGAUUUGGAUCGGGUGUUCACCGAGGAGGAGAUGAUGGCUGCAUUGGCUAGCUACAAGGAGGUGAGAGACUCCCUGAGAGAGCAAAGGAACAACAGAGGAUACUAUCCUCGAGGCAAAGGCUUUGGGGGCAAGAACAUGACAAAGGGCAAGGGCAAGCACCGAGUGCACAUCGAGCAGCUCAAGCUGAGGACAAAGUGCUGGCGUUGUGGGGCACUGGGGCACAUUAGCCGUGAGUGCAGUGCGCCGGCUCCGGAGCGCGGCAAGGGCUCGAUGGGAAGUUCCUCCAAUGCUCCUUCAUCGAACCCGUCUCAGAAGUCUGGUUUCUUUGUCAUAGGAGAGUCAGAGGGUGGCCAAAGCAGCUCAGUUUUUCCAGUUUGCCAAGAUGUGCAACAUGAUGCUUCGCACUGGUGGUUGAGACAGUUUGUAGAAGAACGCAGGCGAAAGAACGCCAGCGGACCUCAGAGCUUUGCGCAGUCCGAGAGAGCAUACAAGAGUGCAAUGUCCGAAGGGUUUUGCGGCAUCAUGACACAAUCAGCACAUGGAAUAGUAGAUACUGCAGCAGAAGGAGGCUUAGUAGGUUCAAAGGCAUUGGAGCGUUUGACUGGAGAGUUGCAGAAACAUGGACUUACAUGCAAGUGGACACCAAAGAGAUCAUCAGCAAAAGGCGUAGGAGGACAAGCAAAGGUGAUUGGAGUGGUGCUGAUACCUCUAGGAGUUGGUGGUUUGAACGGAGUUUUAGAAGCAACCGUGGUUGAGGGUGACGUGCCGCUGUUGUUGCCGGUGAAAAUGAUGAAACAACUCAAAGCGAUCAUUGAUUUUUCCAAAGGCAUCUUCACCAUCACCUCUGAGUCCAUCGAAGUUCCCAUGUUUGAGCUUCCGUCAGGGCAUGUCACGAUCGAUAUUCUGAAUUUUGCAGACACAGGUUUUGAGGUUUCAGAUCCAGAUGCUCCAUGCUCCACAUCCGAUUUCCAACUACAUGUUUCUGCCCGAGCCAUGCUGGCUCAGCUCGGGAUCAAAAAGGGUGCAGCCCCAUCAUUGAGUUUUCCGCAAAACUCUCCGCUCUCUUUGCUCGGCGAACAGGGCGAGCUUAGUGCAGUGGCACUACGUGGAUGGCGAGUGGUGAUGGACAAGAUCGUCACCAUCAUGCAAUUCGUGGAUCAGCAAUUGGCCGUGCAGGAGUGGUUCCCAGGCUCCUCUGGACUUUUGGUGCGGCCUACGCCGCUGUCCAAGGAGCAAGAGACGGUCGAGGAUGUGUACGCCCAGCUGAUCGUUGGGGCGGAGGUGUUGCCUCCGUUGAAGAGCCAAGAGAAGCCAUCUACAGCAGCCAGCUCUUGCAUUCACCCGAAGAGUGCUCUGAAAGGAGGUGGAAACAAGAGCGCAUCGUACAUCUUUUGCAAGAUGUGCAUGAGCCGUUGGUCCAGUCCAAUGACGGCGGCAGAGAUACAUGCAGGCUUGAAAGAGCAGAAGAAGCAGGGCCCCUUGAGUCAAAAGAAGGAGGUUCAGAAGAAGGUGCGUGCAGUAGAGGAUGCAGAGAUGUUGGAGCCGCCCUAUGGAGAGGAGGUGAUUGCCAGUCAAGUGACGGCGCAAGCUCAAGACCAAUUGGAGAAGAUGCAGCACCAGAUGCAGAUCGAGACAGAGAAGAUGCGGGUGGCGCAAGCAGAGAUGUGGCAGGAGCUUCAGUCCCAAAGACAGGAGUCCAAGGAGAAAGAGGUAGUGCAUCAAAGGGCACUACUCGCCAUGCAUCAGGAGAAGGAGGAUUUGGAGAAGCAACUUCGUCAAAUGAAAGCAGCAGCAGCAGCUCCGCAGGAAGUUCUGGAAGUGCACUCAGAGAGAAUGCCAGUACUUCGAGUGGGUGCCGAGAACUCCGAGCCCACCACCGAGCCAGAUGAGUGGGUUCUCUCUGGUCACAUCCCAGAAGACCGGAGAACAGAUGAGCGUGGCAUCUUCCAGGAGGAGGAGCAAGAGUCCCAGAACAGCACAUCGCACUCAUGCAGCAGGACAAGUGGCGGAGACGAUCUCCGAUUGAGUCAGGAGACCUGGCUCUAUGCGACUGCAGUCAAGGGACAGAGGACCUUGAACAGGGUGCUUCGAGGCCAUGAUCCGCAUUUUGCGGCCAGUAGUUUUCAGUAUGAAAAAGAAGAGACUGAAGGUGAUUGGAAAGUUAUGAGCGGGCAGAUACCUCCUCAGGAGGGGGUCUCUGUUCGAGUGAAAGUUGUUUUGCAGAAGAGGGCUGAAGCAGAGAAUUUCUUUGGCUUGGAGAAAGAGAAGCAGUUCAAUAGAAAACAGAGAAAGAUGAUGAACAGGGCGUUUGAAGCAGUGACGCCUGUGGUGAGCGAGGUGUUCUCACCGCCACGCGUCGUUGAGGAGGCGCAAAGACAAGGUCUGCAGCCGGGCACCUCAUUUGACAUCACAGAGGGCUGGGACCUUAGCAAGCCAGAGAUCAGGAAAAAGAUGUGGAGAAAGCUCAAAGAGGAAGAUCCUUUAUUGAUUAUUCUUUCGCCUCCUUGCGUUGGUUUCAGCAUUUUGCAGGAACUCAACCUGCCUCACAUGUCAUGGGAAGAUGCAGUGAUGUUGAUUUCCACAGGGUUGGAUCAUUUGGAGCUCGCGAUGCUGAUCGCGAAAUGGCAAGCCAAAAGAGGCAGGUACGUUUUGUUUGAGCAUCCAUGGCUAGCCAGAUCAUGGCAUGAGGAGUCAGUGAAAGAAGUAGAGCAAAUGGCAGGCAUGCACAGGGUUAGAUGCGAUCAGUGCAUGUAUGGUUUGCGAGUGGAUGAGUGGGGUCUCAACAUGAAACCCACUGGGAUCAUGGUCAAUUCAGAGAAGAUAGCGGCACGCAUGAACCGAACGUGCGACCAUCGUCAUUUCCAUGCGCCUACCAUGAAUGGCAGACCAAAGAAGGCGCAAGUAUACCCCAAGGAGUUUUGCAAGCAGAUUAUUUUGGGUUUGAAAGAACAAAUGGAGGUAGAUGGAAAGUUGAGGCUGAAGUCAGAAGUUUUUGUAGAAGAUGAAGAUGAGGAGAAUUCGGAUCAUGAGGAGGAUCCGAAUCCAGAAGCAGCCGCAGGAGAAGCAGAAGGAGACUACUCCAUUUCCGAGGAAGAGAAAAGACAGGUGCAAAAGAUGCACCGCAGCUUGGGGCAUCCGCAAAAGCCCGAGUUUGUGCGUUUUAUGAGAGCAGCCAGAGUGAAGGGAGAAGUCAUUCGAUGGGCGGCACAUGAGUUCAAGUGCCCAGCGUGUGAGGCACGGCCCAAGCCGAAGGCCACGAGACCAGCAGCAAUUCCUAGAACAUACCAGCCAAACAGAGUCUUGGGGGUGGACCUGAUUUUCCUUCCAGAGGUUGGAGGAAAAGAAACCUUCCCAGCAUUGUCCAUUUUGGAUUGGGGUUCCAACUAUCAGGUGGUAGAGAGAGUCGAGAACAAACACCCAGACACCGUGUGGAACACAAUGUGGUCAUGUUGGUUUAGGACGUUUGGCUGGCCUGACGUCAUUGUCUGUGACGCCGGAAAAGAGUUUUCAAGGAAGUUCAUGCAGCUGGCCACGUCAUGUGGCAUUGUGGUGCAGCCCAUUGCUGCAAAGGCACCAUGGCAGCAGGGAAGAACAGAGAGGCAUGGAGCAUUGUUCAAAGAGUUACUUGCCAAGGGUAGAGAAGAGACAGUCAUCUCCAGCCCAGAAGAAUUGAGGAGACUCAUGCAGGAGACAGAGAUGGCGAAGAAUCGGUUCAGCAACCGAUCAGGGUAUUCCCCAAUUCAGAGGCAGAUUGGGCAAUGGCCGAAGGUGCCGAGUGAACUCCUUUCAGAUGAUGUCAUAGACCCAGGGUUGAUGGAUGGCGCCGUGGUCGAUGACAUGGAGAGGAGUUUGGAGCUGCGAAGAAUCGCGCAAAAGGCGUUCAUAGAACACAACGCCAGAGAGUCCUUGAGGAGGAUAGAAAAAGGAAGGAGCAGAGUUCCCCAAGAGUUUCAGGCAGGGGACUAUGUUUACGUGUACAGAGUAGCGAGAGAGAAGAAGAGGAAGCAUGAGAUAGGGCCAAGGAGUCAGGAGCAUGUUCCAAACAAGGCAUCUUGGAUUGGUCCAGGAACUAUUGUUGCGGUGGAUGGAGCUAGCUUGUGGAUCUCCAUGUUUGGAGAAUUGUGGAGGACUGCACGCGAACAAUGUCGUACGGCGACAAACAUUGAGAAGCAAGGAAUUGAGGAAGUUAUGAGGAGCUGCAAGGAACUGGUGGAGGAAUACAAGAGGUCAUCCAACAGAAAAGGAUACAGAGACAUCAGAGAUGAGAGGUGGCCAUCAGACGAUGAGAUAGAAGACGGAUCGGAGGAGAGUCCAAGGAAGCGAGAGGUGAGAUUUCAAGAACCCCUCGAAGAAGGGGAGGCUCCCGUAUCAGAGGGAUACGCGCCAACCACUCCGAUAGACUCCCCUCGAGGUGGGGAGAUUGAGAACGGAGAGACAGAAGACUCGGAGAUGAGUCACAGAAGAUCAGAGAGAACAGAUGAGACGAUAGAGGAGCCAGAAAGAGAGGCCAGACGCAGAAGCUCACUGACAGAAUCAGAGAUUCGAGAAGCAUUGAGACCAGAAGAGGAAACGGCAGACAGGCCAGAGACAGAAGAAGGAGAUGAACGAUAUCAGAGGAUCGUCGAAGAGUCGAUCCACAGAAGUCGUCGCCUAGAGGGUCUUCCGGCAAUAGGACGACCUUUGAGAGUAAGGAGUCGCCCGUCUGCCGAUGGUCCAUACUUCCAAGAAACCUUCUUCAUAAGUCCAGAAGAAGAAGAAGACUGGCAAGAAGAGGAAGAAGACAGAGAAGACCACAUGAGAUGGCAGAAGCUGUGCAAGAUGAGCCAAGAAGAGCCCAAGAGAGACUACUGGGAGUUGGACUUGAAGGGUCAGAAGAUGAUCCGACAUCACGUCCAGAAGAGAAAGGCACUUUUCUCCCCAGAGGGAGUAAAGUCCACACCAGUCAAGUUGAAUCAGAUGCAGCAACAGAGAAUCACUAUAGUGGAUGGCCGCAAGAAUCAAGAGGAAAGACGUAUAGAAGAUCAAUGGGCACAAGGAGAUGCCAAGAGAAGCCGAGGAGUUUGGUGGACAGGCCGCACAGAAUUUUUCCUGUGCUCCAAGUCAGAAGGCAAGACAGAAGAAUCCAUAGAGACGUGGGCAGUAGAGAAGAAAGGCACAGAAGACGUUGAUCUGAGAACAGAAACGCCUGAAGCCCUUGAGGGCUGGAAAAUGGCUGAUGCAACAGAAUGGGAAAAGAUCAGCAAGAGUGGCGCUGUGAGAGUUCUCAGCGUAGAAGAAUCAAGAGAGGUCAAGAAGAAACUGGCUUCAGAAGGCAAGCUAGAUAGGAUCUUGCCUACUCGGAUGCUCAGACAGUACAAGCAUGCUGAACAGCCAAAUGAACCUCCUUCACAGAAAAGCAGGCUGUGUAUCAGAGGAGACAAGGACCCAGAUAUUUUUGAUCUGGAGCGAUUUUCACCAACGGUUUGCACCAUGAAUUUGAACGUGGUGCUUCAACUGGCAGUGAACGAAGGAAUGCAGAUCGGCAUUGGAGAUCUAAAGAACGCAUUCUGCCAGUCGCAACCGCUGAUGAGAAAGAAUGGAGCCUUGUACUUCAAACAACCACAAGAAGGAAUCACAGGGCUACACCCUGAGCAGAUUGUUUUGAUCAUUGCUGGAUGUUACGGCUUGGUGGAUGGACCACUGCAUUGGAGAAAGUCAUUGGUUCAGACGCUGAAAAUGCUGGGCUAUCAGGAGAGCAAGUUGGAUCCAUGUUUAUUCAAACUGUUUGAGAGUGGGAAGCUUUGUGGUUUGCUUGCGAUAGAGGUAGAUGAUAUUUUAGCAUGCGGAAAGGGUUUGCAUCUGAAAAAGAUUGAAGAGCUGAAGACCUUGUACAACUUCGGCAAGUGGGUUGACCUCCGCGAUUCCACUCAAGGUGCCUCUUUCAAUGGAAGAAGACUUCGAGUAGGGAGCAAAGGCGAAAUUCUCAUUGACAUGUGCAAGUUCAUCCAGGAGAGAUUGCAUGAAAUUCCAUUAGACAAAGGACGGAGAUCGUCCAAGAAGGAGCCGGUCACAGAAACAGAACGAACACAAGCCCGGGCCUUGUGUGGAUUGCUUAACUGGCUAUCCAAAGAGGGAAGGCCAGAUGCGGCAGGCCCAUCUAGCUUGAUGUCCUCGCGUUUGACCAGAAUGACAGUGGAAGAUUUGAUUCAGCUGAAUGAGGUGGUUCGUGGUUUGAAGGAGACUGCAGAAGUGACUCUGCAGGUGCAACCGCUGAAAGAGAUGCAAUUGGCGGUCAUCACAGACGCUUCAUUUGGAAAUGAUGGCUUUCAUUCUCAGGGAGGUCAAAUGAUAUUAGCUCAUGAGCCAGGCUUGAAGAAAGGUCAGAAGGUCAAGACGAAUUUGCUCUGGUGGCGUAGUGCGAAGCUGCAACGGGUUGUAAACUCUACUCUGGCGGCAGAAACACAGAGUUUGUCGAAGGGCAUAGGAGACCUUUUAUGGAUGAAAGUUUUGAUCCGUGAGCUGAGCGAGGAGAAGUUCAACAUAAAGGAAUGGCCUGCGCAACUUGCGAGUGAGAGGGUUUUAGCAUUAGCCAAAGACACCAGUUCCCAAGAGUUGCAAGAAUGUCUUGCGAUUGUAGAUGCGAAGAGUUUGUUCGAUCACCUGUCGAAAGAGUCGAUAGGGGGACAGGUCUGCUAUGUUCUGCUGGAGCAUCCACAGUUCAAGAUGGUGAACGCAGAGGACUUUGAGGGCCAUAGCGCCUUGCACCUCAGUGCAUUAAAGGGACACCUCAGAGCCUCGGAGGUCCUGCUGACGCAUCCAAAGUUCACGGUCGAGGCGGCCCGGCAGCGGGACGGCAUGACGGCGCUGCAUUUGGCGGCCAAGGGAGGACACCCUGAUCUGUGCAUGCUCCUCUUGCGCUUUCCCGUGUUCGCCCACCAGCUCCAGCAGCCCGACCACUUUGGGCGCACCGUGCUGGGCCUACAUGGUGAGGAGAGCGAAGUGGCGGACAAGGCGGCCUGGCCCUCAGCGGCGCAGCUGGCGCUGCGCACCCAGCAGCUGCGCGACAUCAUGAAGCUCUCGGCCCUGGAGACUCAGGCGCCACCGCAACCGCCACGGCCUAACCAGGAGCACCUGGCCAAGUUGGCCAAAGACUGCGCCCGAUUGGUGGCCUGGACUUCUAAGGCUCCGGACUUCACGGCGGAGCCCUCAGUCGUUUCCACUGAGCCACCCAUUGAGGAGGUCAGCAUCAUAGCCCAUGAUGAAGGCUCCCCACAGCGUGCCGCGCUGGCACGCCGGAAGCUGGCAGAAGAAGAGGUACAUCGUCUCGAAGCCUUGUGGUCGCUAAAGGCUCAGUUGGAGGCCACCAGACAGGGUGGUGCCUUGCCUGUCCGGCCAGCCUUGGACCCGGCAACUUUGAAAUCUGCAGCGGAGCCUUCAACAAGAGGGCACCCUGCUGAACUGCCGCGGUCCUCCCAAUCAGAGAAGCCAGAGAAGCAAGAGAAUGCAGAAGACGCUAAAGAGACCUUGGAACCGCCAACGGAGCCUUCAACAAGAGGGCACCCUGCUGAACUGCCGCGGUCCUCCCAAUCAGAGAAGCCAGAGAAGCAAGAGAAUGCAGAAGACGCUAAAGAGACCUUGGAACCGCCAACGGAGCCUUCAACAAGAGGGCACCCUGAACUGCCGCGUUCUUCACAUGUGAAGCGAGAAAUUGGGGACGCCAAGGCCAAAAGGGCCGCGCGGAGGCGGCCACAACAGGCGGCCUUUGUUCCAGCCCACUUCAAGGCUUUGCCCACGGAGUCCAAGCAGGAGCCUCAAGCGGAGCCGCAAGCGGAGUCGCAAGCGCCCAAGGAGCCAAAGGCUGCACCCAAGCGGAAAGCCAAGGCCGCCAAAGAUGUGAAGCCACCAAAGAGUACCAUCGCAGGGGUUGGCGCCAUGCAUUUCCGCGUCUGAAAAAGGGGCGUCGUGCCUUCCAAAC